AUGAGCAUUCCCGAUGCACAAAUCAGCAAUUGGAUAGUCUGCAAUAGCAGACUUGAAGAACAGAAGCAGGCCCCUGAACCCAUCAUUUCACGGGUUGAAUCGAGCUGCCUCAAUCGAGCUACCUUGUGGCCUCCUGCCUUGAUUCCCAGUACAGACUCAUUGGAGGAUGGGACGAUCUUUGCACAGACGGAUGCCAGAAACCCUCCGGUUCAGCGCGUGAAAUUGUGGCAAGCAAGCAGCUGUGAUGCACACCGCAUGGACUGGCGGCAGUUAAGCGCCAAAGCAGAGGUGUGUCCUUGCGGCCAAGCUACGUCACAAGGUUGCGAGAAUUGGGUGCAGUGGAAUAGCUACGACCUGCCGCACCAUUCAUUUUGGCGUGUGCGACCCAACAUUUCCGCUGAUGGGCGAUGGACAGCAUUCUUCCUGUCCUUUGAGUGGCCAGGAGGAAUAGAAAUCUCCACCGAGGUGUCUGUGGUGCCGACCAACUUUGCAUUUCCUGACUGUGGUGGUGAUGCCUGUGGGGGGAUGGUUUGA